GGCUAGUACAAUCUGUACUUAUUAACGUCAUUUUUAGAUCGAGGGGGAAUUGUCUUGGUGACACCGUCGAAAUUCCUGACUUCACCAUACAACUACACAAACACCAUCAUACCUAAACCACUUUCACCACUUUAAUUACCUACUAUCGUAUGCUACUAACCAAAUUCCAACGUGCCAUCUGAAUAUUCGUUUUCGUUUGCCUUCAAUCGACCAAACAUGAUGUUUUGACAUCUCUUAAGCUAGCAAUCAAAUUCCACCGCCAAUUUUCGGUCAACUAUUUGGUACCGAACGAUACCCGGAUCAUCCAUCUAAUUCACAAUGUCGGACUCUGGAGAUGUUCAGCACAAGAGGUCCAAGUCCACGGCCCUAUCCCUGCUCCGACGUAAGGACAAGGACCGUAAUGAUGACGAUUCCGAGGAUGGAUCGCAAACCUCAGGCCUCGCUUCAACCACGACCAACUCCGCCCCCGCCAUUGCUAUGUCCCACCAGGCCUCUAUCAAGCCAUAUAAUCAGAGAAUGUCACUAGGUCGAAUCCCAUCGCGCGAGCCAAACACCUUGACCCCGACUCGGUCCAAUAACUCGGCGGUCGAGAAGAGUUCGAGCCUCGAACAAUCCGUCCGCAAAUUUCGAAUCGUCGAGGCCCUACGAAGUGGCAAUACAGCCGCCAUAUCUAAGGCGAUCAGGGAAACUUCGGAAAAUGGACCUCGUGCAAGCACAUCUUCCUUGAAUGGUGGGAAUGCCGGACCUUUAGAGGAUACGACAAUUCUACACCUUGCUAUCCAAUGCGCUGAAUACGACGUAGUGGAAUAUGUGCUCUCCGAUGGUGCUGGAUACAUCGAUAUUAACGCCCGAGACAAGGACGGAAAUGUGCCACUACAUAUAGCCGCUUCUCAGGGGCGUAGCCCCAUCGUCCGCUUACUGCUGGAACAGAAAGAUAUCAACGAUGCUGUCGCAAACAACCAAGGAAAGCUUCCCCUAGACGUAGCACGAAACCCCGAAAUCUUUCAGCAGCUCCAACUUGCGAGGACCCUAUUUGUACAGGAUAAAGUAAAGGAAGUUCAGGACCUUGUGCGAACGGGUGCCUAUGACACGUUGGGUCACAUUCUUGAAGAACCCCGUGUCAAGACGAUCCUAGACAUCAACAGUAUUGAACUACCCUGUGAUCCCGUGACGCUCCAAUCAGGAGGGUCUCUAUUGCACGAGGCAGCUCGUAAAAAGGACACAAAGCUGAUACAAGCUCUUCUCCUCCACGGCGCUGACCCAUUCCAACGAGAUCGGAAAGGCAAACUUCCUCAGCAGGUCACUAACGACGACAUUACAAAAGCCAUGCUUAAGCGAUCACCUGCUGCAGUAGCUGCCCAACGCGGCAUCCAGGAGAAAGCCGUGCUUGGGCAUGCGACUUCGCAAGCUGGGGCCAGCGCAGCUGUCACCGGGGAUUUGUUAUCUUCUCAUGAACCCCAGAUGAAGGGAUACCUUAAAAAGUGGACAAAUUACCGCAAAGGUUACCAGCUUCGUUGGUUCGUCCUCGAGAACGGCGUUCUGAGCUAUUACAAGCACCAAGACGAUGCGGAACACGCUUGCAGAGGUGCCAUCAGCAUGCGCAUCGCUAGGCUGUACAUGAGUCCGGAAGAAAAGACGAAGUUCGAGAUUAUCGGGAAAUCAUCAGUCAAGUAUACUCUGAAAGCCAACCAUGAAGUCGAGGCCAAGCGAUGGUUCUGGGCUUUAAACAACGCGAUUCAGUGGAUGAAGGACCAAGCAAAACAAGACGAGAAACAGAAGGCACAGAGUGCUGAGAUGCUACGACAGGCUCGAGACAGCCUUAUCAAACCAGCAGAGCCGUCUAUAAACGAUUCUCAUAGCGAGGCUGCCAGCACUGCCGAACGAAGGAGUAGCGCUCAGUUAUCUCGCUAUCCCUCCGUGAAAGCACACCCUCAAGCAGGGUUAUCCCGUACUAGUACUGCGGGUAGUGUAGAUGACGAAUUCGUCGAUGCGGGUGGUGCUGACGCGAAAGCCCAAAGCAACAAGGCGCCAACAAUCCCCGGUGAGGUGGACGACGACGAUGAUGACAAUGAAUAUAUGGAUCAUUCGAGCCGUGGUGAAGCUCCAACAGCGACUAAGGACGCUUUUAACAUCACAGCACAGUCAGCAAGACUCCAGCUAGACACGUUGGCAUCUGUGAGCGCCGCUUUGCAAGCGGAAGCUCAUCGGAAUCCAUCGAUGUCGCUUGUAGAUCCGAGGGCAGCACAAGCGCUUUCAACAUACGACGCUGCAAUCAAGAGUCUGAAGGGACUUAUGGGAGACCUUCUUAGGAUAUCGAAGGAUCGUGACGCACAUUGGCAGUAUCGCCUAGAACAAGAAACCGAGAUGCGACGAAUGUGGGAAGAGAGCAUGGCUAAGGUAGCAGCUGAGCAAGAAGUUUUGGAGGCAAGAGUUAGCGAGGCUGAAGCAAAACGCAAGAUGGCUAAACGAGCUCUACGCGAAGUAAUAGGAAGCGAGGGUCGGCCGAUCAGCAGUGAUAGUGUCCAUCCCGCAACGCCUAGUGCUCACGAAGAUGAGGUCGCCGGUAUAUUGCACUCGCCGUCGAUGAAGAGCAUCGGCCGCAGAUCAACCGCACGCUCUCACGUACUCGAAAUCUCCGACGACUCUGAGUCCGAGCAAGAGGAAUUCUUUGACGCGGUCGACGCAGGAGAAGUUGACGCGGAGCCAAUGCCACCAUCUGAUGUUGUGCCUUCUGCCGAUGCAAAGCAGGACGUUGUAGUGUCGGGCGUCGAUGUUAGCAGCGCCUUCCAUGGCUACGAGAAUGGCUUCAGGACAAAGUUGAAGUUAGAUGAAGACAACCGACCAAAGAUCGGCCUAUGGGGUAUUCUUAAGUCGAUGAUUGGUAAAGAUAUGACGAAGAUGACACUUCCCGUAUCUUUCAACGAGCCAACGUCCUUACUGUAUCGAACUGGCGAAGACAUGGAAUAUGCGGACCUACUAGACAUGGCAGCGGACCGAUCGGAUUCAAUCGAGCGAAUGUUGUACGUUGCCGCCUUUGCUUCCAGUGAAUUCGCAUCGACGAUUGGUCGUGUAGCCAAGCCCUUCAAUCCUCUUCUGGGCGAGACAUUCGAAUACGCGAGACCAGACAAGGGGUAUCGCUUCUUCAUCGAACAAGUUAGCCACCACCCCCCUGUUGGAGCAGCAUACGCAGAAUCCGCGAAAUGGACGUACUGGGGUGAGGCCAAGGUCGACUCUAGAUUCUUGGGUAAAUCAUUCGACAUCUAUCACCUCGGUACCUGGUUCUUAAGAUUGCGCCCUACCGCCGGUGGCAAAGAAGACUUCUUCACAUGGAAGAAGCCAAAGUCUCAGGUAGUCGGUAUCAUUACGGGCAAUCCUGUAGUAGACAACUAUGGACCUGUGGAAAUCAAGAAUUGGACUACCGGAGAGACAUGUCUACUAGACUUCAAGCAGCGAGGAUGGAAAGCUUCGAGUGCUUAUCAGCUCUCCGGAAAGAUUCUCGACGCCGACGGUCGACCGCGCGUGAGUUUGGGCGGCCGAUGGAAUUCCAAGAUAUACGCUCGCCUUACGCCUGGGUUUGAGGCGACUGUCGAGGAGCCGAAGGACACUCGAGGAAGCAUAAGCGAUCCCAGCAGAGCUUUCAUAGUAUGGGAAGCGCAUGAGAGACCUGAAGGUAUCCCCUUCAACCUCACGCCAUUCGUGCUCACUUUCAACCAUAUAGACGAGAAUCUUCAGAAGUGGAUUGCCCCCACUGAUUCAAGAUAUCGGCCAGACCAAAGGGCUAUGGAAGACGGCGAGUACGACUUCGCGGCGUCGGAGAAGAAUCGACUAGAGGAAGCCCAGCGAGCUAGGCGAAAAGUGAGGCAGCAGACGGGUGAGGAAUUUACCCCUGCGUGGUUUGCAAAGGCGACAUGUGAAAUCACGGGAGUAGAGUACUGGAAGUUCACGGGAAAGUACUGGGUACAACGAGAGAAAUUUGGUCAGGGAGAUGCUCACGCGUGGGAUGGCCUGGAGCCGAUCUAUACUUCGGAGGAGUAGGUAGGCGCAGGAUUCACGAAGCUCGGGUGGUAGGCAGUGACUGUACAUGGUAUAGAGGAGAAAAAGCCUGUAUACAAAAAGCUGUAAAACGAGUAUGUAUGAAACACAGCACUAGUGACUUAAUUAUGACUAUGAAUCGCUCUCACUGCCCACAUGGGUUGUCGUGGGUUAUCGUUGAGUAUUGAAUAAUGCUUGUGUUCAAUUCCAGGAUAGGUACCUAACCCACCUAGGUAGGUACAUACAAAUACGAUGCUUGUAAAAAUCA